AUGUUUUUGAAAAGCGGCAUCGAGAAAAUACUCGCCGAUCGCGAUAUAAAGCGAAAAGAAAAUCUACAAUUGAAAAAGGCGUGUGAGAGUGCGCUGGAGGAAUUAAAAGCUGGCGAAGAGGAAAUUCCAUCGAGCGCAACGAACGGCGAAGUCCUGCCCGAUGCGUCAAGCAACGUCGAAGCCGAUCGAUAUUUUCUGCCGUUUGAGCUUGCGUGUAACUCGAAAAGCCCGAAAAUCGUUAUAACCGCGUUGGAUUGCCUACAGAAAUUAAUUGCGUAUGGCCAUUUGACUGGUAGAGGCGCCGACAUAUCGAAUCCGGAAAGAAAAUUGAUUGAUAGAAUUGUUGAAGCGAUAUGCGCUGCGUUUGUCGGCCAAGGAACCGAUGAAACUGUGUUGUUGCAAUUAAUAAAGGCGGUGCUCGCCGUUGUUCUCAGCACCCAUUGCGAAGUGCACGAGGCGUCGCUUCUGCUCGCCGUUCGAACAUGCUUCAACAUCUACCUAACGUCGAAGAGUCCAAUAAAUCAGGCGACCGCAAAAGGCACCCUAACCCAAAUGAUCAAUACCGUAUUUGGGAACAUGGAAAAGUUUGGGAAUAUGAAAGACGACAACACAAUCGUGAAAGAAGUUGUUGAAAUGCUUGUGACGACGACAAUCGAAAUGGUAAUUUCGGACGAGAAGAGUGAAGGUGGAACAAGGAAAGGAGGCUCGACGAUUGCUGAGAGCGAAGCCGUGCAAGAUGAUCAACAAUUGAAUUUUGUCAAUGUUUAUCAGAAGGAUGCGUUCCUCGUGUUUCGCGCGUUAUGCGUUCUGGCGCAGAAGGAAGAGGGCGACGUGAACGACAUACGAAACACGCAUCUUCGCUCGAAACUUCUCGCUUUGGAAAUGCUUCUUCUCGUUCUUCAGAACUCGUCGGAAGUGCUGCAGAAUUCGCAGCCAUUCAUCAUUUUAAUCAAAAAAUCGCUUUGUGUCGCCCUCUCAAGAAAUGCGGUUUCGUCGAAUGUUCAGGUGUUUGAAAAAUCGUUGGCGAUUUUUGUGGAGCUUCUCGACAAAUUCAAAGCGCACUUAAAAAUGCAAAUCGAGGUUUUCUUCAAGGAGAUCAUUCUAUCGAUGCUUGAAUCCAAUACGUGCCCUUUUGAGCAAAAAUGGAUUGUGUUGAACACGAUUGGCAAAAUUCUUGCCAAUCCACAAUCCGUUGUUGAUAUGUUUGUAAAUUAUGAUUGUGAUAUGACGUCGCAUAAUUUAUUCAAAAGUAUCGUCGAGGUGGUCUCGAAGACGACGCGAACCGCUAUCAAUGAUAAUUCGACGGUUGCCCAGAAGGAGAGAGAGCGAGCCAUGCGUUUAUUGGGAUUGAGCUGUUUGACGGACCUUCUUCAAUGUCUCGUCGAUUGGUUCCAAGUGUGCGACGUCGCGAAAUUGAGCUGCGACAUGAAUAUUUCGGAUCCGGCCGAACGCGAUCACACCGAAGAUUUUGUGAAGUUUGAGAAUCUCAAACAGAAAAAGGAUCUCAUGGAGCAGGGAAUUAUGAUGUUCGCGCAGAAGCCGAAGAAAGGUUUGAAGUUCCUCCAAGAUCACGGAUUCGUUGGAACCGAGCCGGUCGAAAUCGCCGAGUUUCUCAUGAAGGAAGAGCGAUUAGACAAGACGGUGGUUGGCGAUUAUCUUGGCGAUCACGACGAGUUCAACAAACAAGUGAUGUACGCGUACGUCGACGAUCUCGAUUUCUCAUCGCUCGACAUUGUCUCGGCGCUUCGAAUGUUUUUGGAGAAGUUCCGAUUGCCCGGAGAAGCGCAGAAAAUUGAUCGGCUGAUGGAGAAAUUCGCGUCGAGAUAUUGCGAUUGUAAUCCGAGCUUGAGCAUUUUCGCGUCGGCCGAUACCGCCUAUGUGUUGGCCUACUCGAUCAUUCUACUCACUACCGAUUUGCACAGUGCGCAAGUGAAAAACAAGAUGACGAAAGAGCAAUAUAUCAAUAUGAAUCGCGGAAUCAACAAUGGCGGCGAUAUGCCGUCGGAUUUGCUUGCGGCGAUUUAUGAUGAUAUAUCGAAAAAUGAGAUCAAAAUGAAGGCGGGUGCGAGUAAAUUGUUGAGAUCCACCGGCGCCAUUUCGAAUUCGGCCAGCGACAAACAGCGUCGCGCGAUGGCCACACUUGAGCUGGAGGCGAUGAGCGAGACGGCGAGGACGCUGAUGGAAAGCGCUUCUGACGCCGACGCGAAUUUCACGCAGGCUCAACAUCAGCAUCAUGUUCGGCCGAUGUUCAAAAUAUGUUGGACGCCGUGCCUCGCCGCGUUCAGCGUCGGCGUUCAAAUGUCCGACGAUGAGGAGGAAUGGUCGCUUUGCUUGCGCGGAUUUCGUCUUGGUGUCCGCGCCGCGUGUGUUCUCAAUUCGACACUUGAGCGAAACGCGUUUAUACAAGCUCUCGCCCGUUUUACACUAUUAACCGCCAAAAAUUCGUUGGCUGAAAUGAAAGUGAAGAAUAUUGAGGCCAUCAAGCUGCUCUUACUCAUUGGUGAUGAGGAUGGCGACUAUCUUGAAGAGAACUGGCUUGACGUAAUGAAGUGCAUGAGCUCAUUGGAGCUCGUCCAGCUCAUCGGAACGGGUUUGAAUAGUGUGUCAAGAGAUGGCGAUAGUAGUAGACAAUAUGUUCUAAAAAAUACGGGUGGUCUCGAUGAGCGAACGUUGGCGAAUUUGCAAGACGCUCUUGGCGAGACGUCGUCACAAUCGGUCGUCGUCGCCGUCGAUCGCAUAUUCAACGGCAGCUCGAAAUUGUCGGCCGACGCGAUUGUGCAUUUUGUGAAGGCGUUGUGCGCGGUGUCUCGCGACGAAUUGUCGCAAGCGGCCUCGCCGCGAAUGUUCUUGUUGGGCAAAAUGGUCGAGGUGGCCUUCUAUAAUAUGAAUCGGAUUCGCCUCGAAUGGAGCCGAAUUUGGAAUGUGAUCGGCGAGCACUUCAACAUGGCCGGUUGUAACGCGAACGAGGCGGUUGCCUACUUCUCGGUUGAUGCUCUACGACAGCUGUCGAUGAAGUUUCUCGAGAAGGGCGAAUUGCCGAAUUUUCGAUUUCAGAAGGACUUUUUGAGGCCGUUUGAGGUGAUAAUGGCACGAAAUGGGAGUCCUCAAACGCGAGACCUUGUCGUUCGAUGUUGCACCCAUCUGAUUGAGGCGCACUCGGCGCAAUUGAAAUCGGGAUGGCAGAAUUUGUUCUCGGUGUGGACGAUUGCGGCCGGCGAUUCUCACAUGGAUAUUGUCGAGACGUCGUUCAACGCGGCGUCGCACGUCAUCGAGACGCGAUUCAAAGAGGACUUUCCGGCGUUUCUCGACUCGUUCCAAGAAGCGUUGAAAUGCCUUCAAGAGUUUGCGUGCAACGCGAAUCUGCCCGACAUGAACAUGGAAGCGAUUCGGCUGAUUCGCGUUUGCGCCGAAUACGUGUCGCUGAAUCGCGAGAGGAUCGACGAGGUCGCGCGCGACGACACGCACGUGAUCAGCGCCGAUCAGCACGUGUGGCUUCGCGGUUGGUUUCCGAUAUUCUUCGAGUUGAGCUGCAUCAUCAAUCGCUGUAAACUUGACGUGCGCACGAGAAGUCUGACGGUGAUGUUCGAGAUAAUGAAAUAUCAUGGGAAGGACUUCCGCGCGGAAUGGUGGCGCGAUCUUCUCGAAAUCGUUUUUCGGAUAUUCGAUCACGCGAAAAUGGAUGAGCACCGGAGUGAUAAGCGCGAAUGGAUGAGCACGACGUGCAAUCACGCGAUGCUCUCCGUUGUCGACAUAUUCACACAGUAUUUUGAUUUGCUCUCGGUUCACGCGCUUCCGAUGAUCUACCGGCAAUUUGCGAUAUUCAUAAGACAGCAAAAUGAGCAACUGGCUCGUUGCACCAUCAGCUGUCUCGAAUCGUUGAUCCUGCAGAAUGGCGAGAUGUUCACCGAAGAUAUGUGGGAUCAGACGAUUGAGUUGAUACGCGAGCUGUUCGCGGCGACAUUGCCGAAAUCGCUUCUGACAUGGGAGCCGGCAAAGAAUAGCGGCGGCGGCAAAGAUGAGUACAUGAAUGGCGGCAGCGACGCGCUUUUCUCCGAGCAAAUCGUGUUUUGUGUUGUGCAAAACGAGCUUGUCGAAGCGGUCACACGAAUCGUUUUAGGCGUCAAAAAGAAUGAUUCUCAAAAAGCGUUUGAAGCGAAUGAGGCGAACACGGGAUUGUUUGCGAGCAUGUCGCCGAAACUAUUAUUGAGUAUAUGCGAUGCGCUAGCCGAAAGUCAGAAGCUCGCCAAACAAUUUAACGACAAUAAUGGGCAGCGGACAUUAUUGUGGAAGGCUGGACUUCGCGGUUCGAGCAAACCGAAUUUGAUCAAUCAAGAGACGCGAUCGUUGAGCGCGAUGCUUGCGAUUGUUCUCCGAUUGAUGUAUGAUGAGCGAGCGAAGGAGCACAGCGAUGAAGUUGGGAAGCGUGUGUUAGAAGUUGUCUCAUUGGCACUUUCGGGCUAUGGAGAAGCGGAAUCCGAAUCGCGACGAAGCGCCUACGGGCCGGUGAUAUGUGAGCUGCUGCGCGAAUGCAUCCGAUUACCGCCGCAUAUGAUUCCGUUGCUUGGCGAUGAGUUCCCAACAAGGUUAUGCGAUCUUGUGGAGACCGCCGAAGGUCAAACAAUGCGCAAACUUCUCGCCGAGCUUCUCCGAAUUCUAAUGCAUCUUCGAAAAGAGGAGGCGCCGAAAAUGAAUGGAACGCGUUGA